GUCUUCCCUUUUCCAUCUGGCCCACUGCGGGGGUCAAAUUCUCGAGAAUUUCCAGGAAACUAACCAGUGGCUGUUCUAAGUGCUUGCUCCAGAGAUCAGAAACAUCGGAGAAGGCAGUCUUAUUUACCGACCAAGAAAGCACCUCCUCCGCCUUUCGUUAGCUAAUUAAAAAAUUUCCAGGAACCUAACCAUCACGAGUUGCAUCAUUUCCCCUGAAGAUAUUUCAUUAUUGUCCCUGAUUACUGAGUCUUCUGGAGCUGAGAUAUGUCAACAACUGCCUUAAUUACUUUGGUUAGAGGAGGUGGGAACCAGGUGAGAAGAAGAGUGCUGCUAAGCUCCCGCCUACUGCAGGAUGACAGGUGGGUGACGCCCACAUGCCACAGCUCCACUUCAGAGUCCAGGUGCUCUCGGUUUGAUCAGGAUGGUAGUGGGCAUCCAACCACCUGGGAUAAUUUCGGGAUCUGGGAUAACCGCAUCGAUGAGCCAAUUCUGCUGCCGCCCAGCAUUAAGUAUGGCAAGCCAAUACCCAAAAUCAGCUUGGAAAAUGUGGGCUGCGCCUCACAGAUUGGCAAACGGAAAGUGAAUGAAGACAGAUUUGACUUUGCUCAGCUGACAGAGGAGGUCCUGUAUUUUGCGGUGUAUGAUGGACAUGGUGGACCUGCAGCUGCUGAUUUCUGCCACACCCACAUGGAGAAAUGCAUCAUGGAUUUGCUUCCUAAAGAGAAGAACUUGGAAACUGUGUUGACUUUGGCUUUUCUAGAAAUAGAUGAAGCCUUUUCGAGCCACGCCCAACUGUCUGCUGAUGCAACCCUUCUGACAUCUGGGACGACAGCAACAGUAGCCUUGUUGAGAGAUGGUAUUGAACUGGUUGUAGCCAGUGUUGGGGAUAGCCAGGCUAUUUUGUGUAGAAAAGGAAAACCCAUGAAGCUGACCAUUGACCAUACUCCAGAAAGGAAAGAUGAAAAAGAAAGGAUCAAGAAAUGUGGUGGUUUUGUAGCUUGGAAUAGUGUGGGGCAGCCUCAUGUGAAUGGCAGACUUGCGAUGACAAGGAGUCUUGGAGAUUUAGAUCUUAAAAACAGUGGUGUGAUAGCAGAACCCGAAACAAAGAGGAUUAAGCUACAACAUGCUGAUGACAGCUUCCUGGUCCUCACUACAGAUGGAAUUAACUUCAUGGUGAAUAGUCAAGAGAUUUGUGACUUUGUCAAUCAGUGCCAUGAUCCCAGUGAAGCAGCCCAUGCAGUGACUGAACAGGCAAUACAGUAUGGUGCUGAAGAUAACAGUACUGUAGUAGUGGUGCCUUUUGGUGCUUGGGGAAAAUACAAGAACUCUGAAAUCAAUUUCUCAUUCAGCAGAAGCUUUGCCUCCAGUGGACGAUGGGCCUGAUCAUUUGCCGAGACUUUGAGUUUUUGUGCAACAGUUAUUUGGUAACUAAAUCAAGAAACUGAUUAAAUCAAAAAGUUAACUAUGUCAGAGUGACCCUGUGACUCACUAGAUCAGUAUACAAGCCAGUGUAAACCUAGUAAUCCUUUACAUGAUAGUUUUUCAGAAAUAUCCAUCAUAUUUAUGUUCAACUGUAUAUACUUAGUGUAAAUAUAUGUGUAAUACAACUAUUGUGAGUCUAAGUUGAGUGAGCAAAUGAAAAGUGGUUUUGAUAUACAUGCUGAAUGUUAAAUUUCUAAUUUUUAAAAGUCUUAGGCAGCUAUGAGUUUCUUUUGUCCCCAUUUGUUCUUUAUUCGUUUGAACAGGUUCUUUCCUCCAGGUUCUUCAAAAGUAGUAUGUUGAUAGCUACUCAAUGUCCUUUCAGGAAGUGUUUCAAUUUUUGAUAACUGUAUCAAGAAAUAAAUGUGAAACUGAAUUCUCUGUUAUUAUAUUUUGUAUUCUGGACCACUUACUGGGAAAUAUAAAAAUGUGAAAUAAAUUAAUUCAGAUAAUAUGACAAUGCUAAAUUAUACAUAUAUUUGUAAACAGUGCUCUUAUAUAUUUCAACUAUGACACCAGGUUCCCUCUCCCCCAAUUCAUUCCUAUUUUGUAGGUAAGAAUGCUAUAGAUAUAUGACUCUUCCUUCAUAUCAGAAAAAAGUGCACAGGCUGAGUCCUUUGGUCAAAGCUAUACAAAGUUAACUACAAAUGGUAUAAGUAUCUUGCAUAAAGUUUGCAUUUGUUAUCUCUGUUUUGUAUAUAGUAUGCUUAUAUCACCGUAUAGAGUAAGCAUGUUGGAUAAUUUGUUAGUAAAAACAAUACCACAUUGACUAUUGGUACAGACAUAGCUUGAGGUUUACGUCUCCUUUUUGCUUAUUUCUAAGACUCAUAAUAAAGAUUAAAUCAAAAAUAUUAAAACAUUCUAUAUUUCAGCGUGGUAAGUAAUUUGGGAGUAUAAAACUAUACUUCCUUAUAUUUGCAGGUAGGUUUGCUGUUAAAAUGUAAAUCUCUAAAUGCGUGUUUGGAAUUAUAUCUGCAGUUUAUUUCUGCAGAUAGUGUAAAUUUGUUAUAUGUGUGAGUGUAUGUACAUAUGUAUAUUUUGGAGUAAUAGAAAAUUAAAGGGAACGAUCCUGAAAACUACUUCACUAACCAGUUAGCUUUAAAUGAUUGGUAUGUUUAUUCUUAAGGACUCUUGACAAACAGGGACAGUUUUAUAGUAGAGACCCAAUGGUUAUUGGCAGAUCAGGAAAUAGAAUUAAAAUGGCUGUAGAAGAUAUUUCAUGGUAGGUAACUUAUGUGGGAAACCCAGGAACAGAACCAGCAUGUUGAAGCUACGCUGUUGCAUAAUGGUAAUUUGUAUGUAAAAGUAUAGGAUGUGAGAAAAAUAUUAAGUGUGAAGAAUGGCGGAGUUUUGUUGUAGAAGCAAAAGAAAAAGAAACCAAAAAGAUAAAGUUGGUAUAGUACGUAUCUUCAGCUCUCAGUUUUCAGGGUUAAUUUUUUUUCCCCUUAAGUUUUAUUUAAAGCUUAUUAGAAGAAAGAGGGCCCGAGAUAUAUAUUCACAUCUUUUCCUCACUUUUUUGGGAAUGAAAGAGAAGAAAUAUUAAGUUUUCCAGCCUAUAUUAAUCAGGAGUUACCUUUGGAAAGAAAAAAGAAUAAAUAUUUCAAUUUUUUUUAUUCAAAGAAGUUUGGUGAAAGAAAGAAAGACAUUAUAGGAAAGAAUAUAGUCUUCUAUUUGUUAUUUGAGAAGUGAGGACCGAAAGGUAGCCUAAGAAAGCUGGAAAACUUUCUUGCUCUUUCUGAGUCAGAUCCUGGAACAUAAAUAUGGUAGCUACAUUUAGGAGUAUGGAGAAUUUCCAAGGUAAUAAGCAAACAAAAACUAAAGCACAAAAUGACAUUUAAAGAUACAAGUUUUACUUUUGGUUUGAAAUCUUCACAUAACUAUUCCUUUUUUACUUUCAAAACUAAGGGUAGGAAUGUUGUUAUCAAGUUCAAAGAUCUGAGUCAUACUACAUUAAGUUGGAUUGCCAAGAUUGACAAUGAGGAAUUUGUAGGGUAUAUAGGUGUAGGUCAGAGGCGGGGCCUUGCUCUGCUUCACCUCAAAAGCUUUUAAAACCCCAAACCAGUUAACUUUGACUAAGGCAUAAAACAUACUGAUGUUUGUUUUAAAAGCCACACUGUUGAAGAAUAACUUGUAGAUUAUUAUAAUCCAUAAAAGGUAAACAUACAUGUAUUAUGCUUCUAAGUCUAUUGCUGGGAAUUAUGCACAAAGUGAAAAAAAAGACUGUUCUAAAUAUAGUUUUUUAGUUUUAUCUGAAUUUGCCAUGUGGUUAUUACCAUGUGAGUAUAGGUAUGGUGUCAAUUACAUUAAUGUAAUUAAAUUUAAAUUAAUUGUAUUUAUGUUUGCUUUUCAUUUAUAUGUAGUAUAUAAAUCAUCUUUCUAAAUGUGUGGCCAAACUUUAUUUGCCAAUUUUUUUUUGGCAAAAUUAUCUUGAAAUCAUGAUUUUCACAAGUAUAAGUUGUUAAGUACCUUAUAUAUUCAAAAGUAAAUGCCAUCCUGCUUUCUAUCAGCUGUUCGUUUGUUAUAGAUCUUUGUGUUUAAGUGCUUCAAAGGCUGAUACAUUUUUUAAAAUUAGUUUUGGAGGGAUCAGUUUUGAAUCUCUGUACUCUAUGAUGUGAACUUUUCUUAAGUUCCAGUCUUUUAAAAAAUUACUUACUUUGAAGAAUUAUUAACACAUAAUCUAAAUAGAAAUUAUUUUUUUUUCAAAGUGGAAUUUUGAUUUUUUUUCUAAGAACCUUGGCAGAAAAUGUGUAGGCCCAUGCUAUUUCUUCAAUAUCAGAGAAGACAUUUAUUUUCCUUUCUAGGAAUGGACAGGGAUUUAGUUUCAUGGUAAUAUGACAGUAAGAAAAUGCUUCAAAGCAGGGUGGGAGGAAGAGAUGGUUAAAGUUUACCAUCAAACAUUUAAACGUAUAAUUUUCUUUAGCACCUCAGUUGUUCACAUACCCAUAUCUGUGAAAAGUGACAUAAAAUUUUGGUUGAGUUAUAUUUUAUUGUAUGUAUUAGAUUCACUUAUCUGGAUUACUUAAGCAGAAAUAAAAAGUCAUGUCUUUAGAAGCCAAAUUGUGAUGACCUGCCCGUUGCUUUUGGCAUCUGGAAUGAGAACACUUGACUCUGGUAGCUCCCAUUGAUUGUUAAAUGGUUGAAAUGGUCCAUUGAUAGUCAUAUUGAUUGUUCCGGACUAUGAAAUCAUAGAGUUCUUCCACCUCCAAGAAUGACUCAUCUGCCAUUGGCUUCCAGUACAGAAUUUAGCUGCUUGGUUUGUCCAAAAUGAAUUUAAUUUCUGCUGAAGCGCUCUUGUACAUGUUUGUUUUAUAAUUUACCAAAAUUCUACUUGGGCGUAUAGCGUUUCCUAUAGUGAGCUGAUGUAAUUGCUGCUUUGACCAUUUUAAAUGUAUGUAUUAGAGUAACUGUGAACAGACUAAAAUCAUAUAUCUCAGUGUACAAAACACCAUUUUAAUAAAGUGUAUGCAUUAAACAUUUUCUAAAAUCCAA